AUGGGGGCUUCUUUUGUUAAAGCCCUUUCUUUCAGCCCAUUGGUAGUUCACUAUAUGGACUCACUUAUAGUAGACAACCUCUACUAUGAAAGGGAAGGCCAACUAUGGCACCCAUUCAUAUCGCGUAUGUACUUUGGCGCCCUCGCCUAUAUACAAACACUACGUGCAAUGCAAUAUGCCAAACUAGGCUCACUAGCCACCAGACAGCUCACCACGCAAGUCUUGGCCGACAUACAACCCGAAAAGUUACCAAUUCCUGGGCCACUUAUGCCCAUGCUCAAAAGUCUAUGUGUCUCCAAGCCAGACGACGAUACUUUUAACCUUGUAUGCCCACUAAUCCCUGAGAACCCCGGACAUCAACCAGACCACAUAGAACCAGCUCACGAUUACAUGCUUUGCAUGCCUAAUCUCCCCCUGAUUGGCUGCAAACCUCCAAUCACAUAA